UUUUGGAAAGUAAAAAAAACAUCUUACUAUACAUUGUAUUUUUGGGGGAAAUGUAUUACAGUGAUCCCUUGUUUUUUACGGUUAAUGGGGUACAACCCCCGCAGCGAAAACAGGAAAAUCCGCAAAGUAGAGGCGGAGCUUAUUUACAUUCCAGGGAAAAAAUGGUGUGUUCAAUCGUUAGAUUUGAAGCUAGGUUUACGUACACCUAGCUAUGCUAAAAAGAAGACGCAGGAAGUCGAUGUAGCUUUUGUGGAGGUUGGUAGCUGCUCCCCCGGCUGCUGUGAUAGCAACCUUAUUUAUUCAGGGGCAAACAACAGGAUGGAAGGAGUCAGGAAAGAAACAGAAAACAUAGAAUAGAAUACAUAGACCACAUGGCCCAGGACAAAGGGAAGACAGAUGUUAUCCUAUCAGAAAAACACCUUACUUCAUUUGAUGACUCGGAACGGCCCUCUCGCAGUUCCGACUCCGUCCGGCGGGAGGCGUCACGGACGCACGCAGUCAGCACAUUGCAUUCCGGCGCCGCCGCGCAACUCUCCUCAGGUAUUUGAGAAGAAGACUAUAUAUAACCCAACGCAUUCGAUGGCGGAGACGCCCGCUCGGGGGUGCCGUUCGGCGUGCGGCACAUUGUGGAGUUUGGCGGGUUGGCUGUGCGUCGUCGUCGCCACGGCGACCAACGACUGGGUGCGCACGUGCGAUUACGGCGCUCUGGCGUGCGUCAGGAUGGACGAACUGGGCGCCAGGGGACUCUGGGCCGAUUGCGUGGUCGGGCCCGCGCUCUACCGUUGCGCCGCCCUCGAUCACGUCGUCGAUCUGCCAGCACACGUGCUGGGGUCGCGCGCCCUUAUGUUGUGCGCGUGCCUGCUGGGACUUCCCGCCUUGUUGUUGGCGCUCUCGUCCGCUCCCUGCGUGCGUCUCCCUCACGACUCGCCCGUCAACAGGAAGAGGCGGGCGCUGGUGGGCGGCGUCCUCCUCCUGCUUACGGCGACGUCGGGCCUGGUGUCCACCGUGUGGUUCCCUGUGGGCGUCCACCGGCGCGAGGGGAUCGUGUCCUUCGGCCCGUCGCUCUACUCGGGCUGGGCGGGCGUGGCGCUGUGCUUCCUGGGGGGUGUGGCGGUCCUGUGCGGCCGCGGUGAAGGAUACCCUCCGGGCGCUUUCGGACGGGAGAGCUUCCUCUACUCCAGGCGGCGAGCGGCAGGUGAAGAAGUGGUGACGGCGGAGCCCCCGCCGGCCAACUACGCCAAGCGUGCCAACGUGUGAGGUUGCCCUUGUGUGUUUUUAAUUGGCGGCCAUUUUGAAGAGUCAUUCCAAUCUGUGGAAGUGCAUCCCUCUAAAAAAUAAAAUCCAACCUGAUGCACAAUAUAUUUUCACCACUUUGAUUUUCACAUCAAUGAGAUCUUUUGGA